AUGGCCAGAAACUUGCACUCGCUGAGAUCCAAAUCCAAGUGCUUACACGUUUCUGGUCUCCAGCAUGGCUUCGGCGACGCUCGGGCCAUUUUUGCGCGAGGCAGGCAAGGCAACGUGGGUGGUGCCGCGGUGGUCCCUCUGCUGUGCGUGCCCGCAGCCCGCUCCGUCUUCGUCGCCAAGAAAUCGACGGAAAUGGAAAUCCUCUUGCCAGAGCGGGUUGAUCAGUCAACUGUAGCCAUCAAAGAAAACUUCGGCAAGUUCAGUGAGGUCCUGGAGCCUGGUUGCAUAGGGCAGCAGAUUGCUGGUUACCUCUCCUUGCGUGUGCGCCAGCUGGAUGUCCGCUGUGAAACAAAGACAAAGGACAAUGUCACUGUCGUUGCAUCUGUCCAAUAUCGCGCUCUUGCUGAUAAGGCAUCUGACGCCUUCUACAAGCUGAGCAACACUAGGGAACAAAUUCAGUCGUAUGUAUUUGACGUCAUCAGAGCUACUGUUCCAAAGCUGGACUUGGACGAUGCAUUUGAGCAGAAGAAUGACAUCGCGAAAGCAGUUGAAGAGGAGCUUGAAAAGGCAAUGUCUAUGUAUGGCUAUGAGAUAGUGCAAACGCUGAUUGCUGAUAUUGAGCCUGAUGACCGUGUCAAGAGAGCAAUGAACGAGAUCAAUGCAGCUGCUAGAAUGAGGGUGGCAGCCAAUGAGAAAGCUGAGGCUGAGAAGAUACUCCAAAUCAAGAAAGCCGAAGGAGAGGCAGAAUCCAAGUACCUGGCUGGUGUGGGUAUCGCAAGGCAGUGCCAAGCCAUUGUGGACGUGCUGAGGGACAGUGUGCUCGCCUUCUCAGAGAACGUUCCAGGCACCACUGCCAAGGACAUCAUGGACAUGGUCCUGGUCACCCAGUACUUCGACACCAUGAAGGAGAUUGGGGCCUCCUCCAAGUCCUCUUCAGUGUUCAUCCCCCAUGGUCCUGGAGCUGUCAAGGAUGUCGCGGCGCAGAUAAGAGAUGGCCUCCUGCAGGCUAAACUGCAGUGA